AUGUUAAAAGAAAUAAAAUCGCUAAAGUCUGAGAUUAAUUUAAAGGAUUCUGAAAUUGUCUCUCUUGAGGCUAGAAUAAAUGAAUUAGAGGCUAAGUUAAAACAAACAGCACAAAAAGCUUUAUUAAAGGAUAACGAUAUUACCCAGUUACUUCACAAUUUCUCUUUUGAGAUUAAAGUGAAAGAAUUGAAAAACGAACUAGAGAAAGUUAUGCGUAAUUCAUCAUUUAAAGAUAGAUUAAUUUUCUGCCUCAGGUCCAGGGUAAGUGAUCUGGAAGAUGAAUUAGAACAGAUUCCUCUAAAAUCAUAUCUAUCAACUAAUAAUUCAAAAACAGGUGGCAAUGCUAUAGAAGAAGUAUUCAGUUUCUCUAAGACCCCCCUCUUUGUCUUCACACCACUCAGGGCUUGA